AUGAACCUGAACCCCAUGAGUCAACUUCCUCCAGCUCCGCUCAUAUGUAACACCCCUGACGUGACGCGCGACUGGCUCCAGGCGAAAGCCGAGGAGGACCGACGAUGGCAGGAAGAGGAGAAAACACGCCAGGAGACUCUCCGCCUGGAGCAGCGGAAGAUUGAACAGACCAUGCUCCGUGAUUCACUACAAUCUGGCGUGCCGCCCCAUAUGAUCCCGCUCAUCUUCGCAGGGAUCAGUGCUGGUAGUCUGCCUCAGUCCGCGGUUGAACUGGUACAGCAGUAUGCGGCCCAGAAUACCGACACACGCACAUCGGCGCCUCCCCCUGCAGCUUCGCAGCUGCCGCCGCCACUGUCUCUCGGCCAAAGACAUCCGCCUCUUGCUAUGCCCACCGAUGUUUUGCGGGACUCGCGAGCUCUCCCACCAAGCCCGUACACAGCUCCAUCAGCACACCAACAGCCGAUCCCAGGUCCUGUACUCUCCCAGCCGCCCAAUGCUCAUCGACUCUCUCCCACCCACCAGUCUUUUGCGCGGCUCCCACCCGCAAAUGGCCCUGCAGAUGCCCGGGCUCCAUCUUUGUCUCGUAUCAACAACGCUGAGACACAAUUGCCACAUCCUCCCGUCACCCGGAACAACACACAAUACGGCCCUGGCCCAUCUUUACCCCCAUCCCAACCUGCCGCUAUCAAACCAGAACAUCCCCAUCCGCCACGGCAAUCCCCUCCAUCUCUGUAUUUCCACCAUUGGGUGCCUCCCGGUCACUCCCAGCCUGGUACACCGUCCACAAGGACUCACCAUGAGUCUCCAGUGACAUCCCAAUCCCAGUCACAGCGACGAUCUGAGUACCAGAGCUCUCCAGGUCGCAAAAGGAAGUCCCAGAUUUCCCACCAGGCACCACCCCCUCCUUCCUCCCGGCCUUCAGAUGCUCACUCGACAUUACACCUGUCCCGUCCAGGUUCUCCGGUGACCGGCAAUGGGGCUAAUAGCCGCCCGACACAUCAUCGCCAACGCAGUGACGCAUCGAUUGCAUAUGACUCACGGAUGAGGGACCGCCAGGAUCCGGAUCAACGAAUCGUUCCACCGAGCCUGGCCCACCGCGCGUCUAGCUCGAUGUCUUCAGGCGACCUGAGCCCAGAAAAGAGCCUAUAUCGAGGAGAUAUCCCCCCCGGCAACACAGGCUUGCCCACAUAUCAAUCUCACGUUGACCGGAUCAUCAAUUCGACCAAGGUCGAGGUUGACGUUGAUAGAUCGCCGCGACAUCAGGGCCGAUGA